AGGUGGCCUUGAUAUACUGGUUUUGAAUCAUAUCAUAUCACGUCAUGGCAAAUGGGAGGGGAGUAAGGAUGAUUUAGAUUUUAUGAGAAGUGAACUACAUUAGUUAUAUUGAACUUGCGUCCGCAGCAAUGCCCCAUUUACGACAGUCUCAGGGCCAAUUGAUCGUCGUCCCAUCGCUAGCAGCUCGUCCGGGUAUACCAAACGUUGCGGCGUAUGGGGCAACCAAAGCGGCUGUCACCAAUUUCUUCACCUCAUUGCAAUUGGAAGGAAUGUCAGGAAAUGAUUAUCCUAGCAUAACUAUCUGCAUUUUAGGCGCAAUUGAUACUGAGAGAGUGAGAUGGGUACUAGCAAAACAAAGAAUGCCGAUUCAAGGGUAUCCUGUAGAUAAAACUGCCAACGCUAUCAUAGAAGGUGGAAUUACAAGAAGUCGGUAUGCAUAUGCCCCUUCCUAUAUAGGCUGGUUGGCAACUGCAAGAGAGAUGAUGCCAGAGAUAUACGAUCAAAUUCUUCUACACUUCGUUUUUUGAAUAAAUAGAACCUGUGUUUAGAUAAUAUUUUAUUCAGUGCCGUUACACUACCUAUUUAAUCAAAUAUGGCUUCAGCAGAAGACAUCAAAUUAAAGCCUCUCGAUUGUAAGAGUUUUCCCACUCCACUUUUAUCAAAAAUGGUGAUUCCAAUGACUGUUAACAUAUUAUCGAUUUAAAUUAUCUCCAAUGGUUUGCAAUAAAUAGUAAUUUGUUUGAUCCUUUGAAGGUGCCUUGCAUUCAAUUCUGUUAGUAACACUGAUUGUAAUAUAUGUAGUUAGGAAGGCACUCGAAGACAAUUAGAAAAAUAUGCAACAACUUCUCUCUAAAAUUAAAAUUUUUUCGACGUCAACAUAAUAUGUAAUAUUAUAUAUAUAUCAUAACUGAAUUUAAACCCUGAGUAGGAUUGUGUUUUAAAUAAUGCGUAGGAAUCUUAUUUAUGAUUCAAUAAUAAUAAAUUAAUAUAGUUUGAAGGUAGCUGUGUUUUCGUGAACCGAACGGAGCAUUCGCUAGUUUUGGCGAAUAUAUUUCUUGCAAUUUUGAAUUACGUGUAGU